AUGAAGAGGAAUAAGGAAGAUGAUGAUGAUCUUAACUUAAAGAAGAGAAAGAAGAACAAUAGCCAUAGCCGUAGCCCAGAAUUGAGGAGGAUGAACAGUAGCCCAGAUUUGAGAAAGAACAAUAGCCCAGAUCAUUACAACCUCAAAACCAAGCUUCAACAAGAGCGCGACAAAGAUGAUAAUGGUUUGCAGCUUGCUCUUUCUCUUAAUUCUUUUCUAACUGGCGAGUACAGUUCGUUGCCGGUAGACCGGCCACUUCCUCUGCCGCCGCCAUCUCCCCCUCCCCCACUCUCGUCACUGGCUCAAUCAAUAUCACUUCAAGCGCUGUUAUCAUCCCCACCCACCCCGCACCGUCUAUACGCUGUGCCAGCACCAUUGGGGCCGGAAUCGUCAAGUUCAAGUACCCCGAUUAUGUGCGGUCCAGAAGGAGGCGGCUCCUCUCGCCCCAUACGCGCUCGUCGUAACCAGUCAUCGGUGCUGCGCGAGGGAAAGUCCGACACCGUCAACGCUCCGUUCCCGUGGGCCACGACGCGUCGAGCCACAGUCUACAGUCUCGAAUGCCUGCUGUCCAAGCAAAUCGAUACCAUUACUGGCUCUGUCCAAUGCAAGCGGUGCCAGCGUCAGUGCGAGAUUGGGUAUAAUCUAGAGAAAAAGUUUGAUGAAGUUGGGCAUUAUAUCGUGGAGAACAAGAGCAUCAUGCAUGACAGGGCGCCAAGCAAUUGGAUGAAUCCGGUUCUUUCUAACAAUAGUUCUGAUAACAUAUAUUUACGAAUUAAUCAAGAGCAUGCUAUGUCCAGAAAGUAG